CACGCGCGCCGGCUUCACGACCACAUCCACGCAUUACACAACGGGAGGAGCGGGUCUGACGAUGACUGAUUGAUCCCUCCACGCCGCAUCGACCCAACAUCACGAUGAUUAUGACACUCCGCAGCAACGGCAUAUUCCCUGACCAGCAAAACUCGCAAGAUUUCAGCAACUACUCGACCAAGUCAGGUCAGAUCGCCGAGACUGUUGUUCAGUACGACGAGGAGGAAGUGUCACCACGCGAUCGCCUAGGCAGCCGAUCUGGUUCAACAUCAUCUAACGGGUUCCCCUUGGAGUCGCAGAAUUCGAGAGCCGCAAAGGCUCAGAGAUCACCGCCUCUGAUGAACGGAUUGUUGGGAAAUGCGCCGCAGCCGGUGAUGUACGUGCGGGCGCUCUACGACUACGAGGCGGAUGAUAGGACGAGUUUGAGUUUCCACGAGGGGGAUAUAAUACAGGUUAUCACACAGCUGGAGAGCGGCUGGUGGGAUGGGGUCAUCAAUGGUGUCCGCGGCUGGUUCCCGAGCAAUUACUGUCAGGUCAUCACGAAUCCCGAAGAUGGCCUGGACGGAAAUCAAGAUGGAGCCAGAGGGGAUAUUGAUGACGACGCUGAUGAAGAGGAGGAUGAACAGGAUGAAUACGAGGAUCAGUACGAAGAUGAGGCAGAGUCGGAGCGGGAAGACAGGACGCAAUUACAGAUGGACAGAAUGAGCAGUAGUGAACGGACCAGGGCCGAUUUCUGGAUACCGCAGGCCACCCCAGAUGGGCGGCUGUUCUACUUCAAUACCGAGACUGGAGAGAGCAGUAUGGAACUACUCCUAGAAUCGCCAUCGUCGCCUACGGAGACUGGACCUCGGAAUCGAAUGAAUGUCAAUAUCCCAGAGAAGACGAGGCCGCCGACGGAAAUGAUGGCCCGAGGCUAUAUGCAAGAUGAGGACGAUGAUUCCUAUGUGCGCCAGUCAAUGCUCUCGGACGGGAUAUCCCCUGCAACAUCCAUGGAUUCGAUGAACAAUGGAAUGUCCCCUACCAGGCGACAACGCGGCGAUACUUUCUCGCACCCGACUCUUUCCAUGGGAAGCACGUUGCCCACCACUGGAACUUCUCUCACCUCCUUUACAAACCCCUCACUCGGCCCGCCACAUGCCGCAACGCUGCCUCGGUCCUUUUUUGAUGAUGGAAUAGCUGCCCCCUUAACAUGGAACAGACUUGUAGCCAAUAUGAAGAGAGCCGUGGAUCUGUACAAGGAAGCGAUCAAUAACAAUGAUCGAUCAGAAUAUGUACCCCGGGCCGAAGAUAUAUCGGACCAUCUUCGGUUACUACUUGCAGCCGGCUCAGGCACAACAGACAACCAUUCUGGCCAACCGUCUAUUAUAUCUACAAACAAGGCGCUAUAUCCACAUUUCCGGGAUAUGAUGUCGAAGUUUUCAAAACUUGUCAUUUCUUCACAUAUAGCCGCGGCAGACUGGCCUGGCGCGGAUUCAUAUCAAAAGUGUUUACAAGAAGCCGAUGGUGUAUUAUUAGGAGUCUACAGUUACGUCGAGGUUGCCAGACAACAACGCGGGGAAGAGAUCCCUAGACUGCUACCAGGAUUCGUUAUUGGGAGCACUACCGGUGGAAGCUGGCAAAACAACGGGCUUGGUCCCCAAGAUCCAAUGACAUCCAAUUAUCUGGACGAGGAUGAAAAUCACAUAGAGCCGACUGCGAUCCUGGAUGCUAAAUUGAUGGAACGGUUGGAUGACCUGAAGCGAAUGCUAAUCUCAAGUAUCAGAAAGCUGGAGGAGCACCUCACAGUUUCAGACAAGAUCAUUACCCCUUACCGACAUGAGAUUAUUGGCAACAAUGUCUGUACAGCAGCGCGAAAGGUCUUGGAAAUGUUCAAGCCGUGGGUAUCUGCGAUCGAGUCAAUCAAUCUGUCGUCUCUUGGAAACACCUUCCAAAACCCUCAGUUGCUCGACUUUGCUUCGUACAAGCAAGGUUUGUACGACAACGUAUCGGAUCUAAUCAUGGGGUGCCAGGCAGUUUCAGCACCUCUGGGUGACGAGUGGGCAGAAGUACGAGGGGAAUCACUCGAGGCUCGGCUCAACAACGUCCGACAAUGUGCAAAGUCGCUCGAGGCAAAUUCGUCUCAUGUCGCCUUUUCACUACAACUGUUGGGCGAGCAAGUGGAAAUGAUGCUGCAGCAGGAAAGCAAAAUAUCGCCCCCUCGAGAAGAUAGCCGCGCACGCGAUCCAAGAAGAGGUGAUAGCUUGCCGGCUGAGCAACGUCCCGGUCACAAACCCACAUACUCCCGUGGCAACAUCAAUAACAUCCUACGGCCAGGGUUGGCUGGCAUUGGUCAAUCAGUGUCAUAUUCUGAGGGCGAUCCAGCUCCUCCUUACCGCAAGGGUGAGAAUUCGAAAGUUAGGAAGUUCUUCGGGGAAGAGCCUGGCAGGAAUCAGCAAGAUGACACACCCGACUGCUUAAAAUUAGACCAUGAAGACGAUAUCUCAUACGACACGAAGGUCCAGCCUCCCGUGCUAAAGGGUGGAACGCUCUUGGCAUUGGUUGAACAGCUGACUCGUCAUGACAAGUUGGAUUCGAGCUUUAACAACACCUUCCUGUUGACCUAUCGCUCAUUCACUACUGCUCGGGAGUUGUUCGAGUAUCUGGUAAUGCGGUUUCAGAUCCAGCCGCCGGAAGGCCUGGCUCCAGGUGACUACGAGAUCUGGCGAGACCGCAAGCAGAAGCCCAUUCGUUUCCGAGUUGUCAAUAUCUUGAAGAGCUGGUUUGACAACUUCUGGAUGGAAGAUCAAAGCGAAGAGACGAAGGCUCUCAUACGCGACGUGUAUACGUUUGCGAGAGAUACCGUCAAGACGACCGAGACUCCUGGUUCUGGUCCGCUGAUGACAGUGCUGGAGCAACGGUUACGGGGACAAGAUACUACCGCAAAGCGGUUAGUGCUGACACUGAAUCAAUCGACACCCCAGCCUAUCAUGCCAAAGAACAUGAAGAAGCUCAAGUUCCUGGAUAUCGACGUCACAGAGUUCGCUCGACAAUUGACCAUUGUCGAGUCAAAACUCUAUGGCAAGAUCAAACCCACGGAGUGCCUGAACAAGACCUGGCAGAAGAAAGUGGCCGAAGGUGAUCCAGAGCCCGCACCGAAUGUCAAGGCGCUGAUUCUCCAUUCGAAUCAACUGACCAACUGGGUGGCGGAAAUGAUAUUGACGCAGCUGGAUGUCAAGAAGCGCGUUGUUGUCAUCAAGCAUUUUGUUCUUGUAGCUGAUAAAUGCCGCGCCCUCAAUAAUUAUUCGACACUCACAUCCAUCAUCUCUGCGCUCGGUACAGCACCGAUCCACCGAUUGAAGCGCACUUGGGACCAGGUCCCUGCGAAGACUUUAGCGGUGUUGGAGUCCAUGCGCCGUCUUAUGGGCAGUACGAAGAACUUUGGUGAAUACAGAGAGAGUUUGCAUCUCGCCAAUCCACCUUGCAUUCCCUUCUUUGGGGUGUACCUGACCGAUCUCACCUUCAUCGAAGAUGGUAUCCCUUCUGUCAUCAAGAAGACGGAAUUGAUCAAUUUUGCCAAACGUGCCAAGACGGCUGAAGUGAUUCGCGAUAUCCAACAAUACCAGAACGUACCUUAUCCCUUACAGCCCGUCUCAGAGCUGCAAGAGUAUAUAUUGAGCAAUAUGCAAGCUGCCGGGGAUGUGCACGAGAUGUAUGAGAAGAGUUUGGCAGUUGAGCCGCGUGAACGAGAGGAUGAAAAAAUAGUGAGGCGGCUUCCUCUUAGAGGAGCCACGAGGAGAUGUGAAGCUCGCAAUUCCUGAAGCGCUAGCAAAGUGUGGAAGAAAUGCGCUUACACAGUGGUGGAAAUAGGGUUUUGGCCGAAUCCGGCUUUCUCUGAUCAAUACCACCAAUGCAAAC